AUGUCAAAGCCUAGCGUCCUCCUCAUCGGCGGCUUGACCCACGCGAACAACGAGUGGAAUGCCUACGGCUCGAAAUAUAAUCUGAAAGAGUUCCUUGAUGGAGAUCGCCAGCAGUUCCUGUCCAACCUGAAAAAAGGAGAGUACGACGACGUAAUUGCACUGUAUCGUUCAAAUAAUUCGGUCGCACAGACUGGCCCCUUCGAUAAGGAACUUGUUUCUUUGUUGCCCAAGUCUCUGAAGUUCAUAUGUCACAACGGUGCGGGCUAUGACAACAUCGACGUGGAUGCCUGCACUCAGAAAGGAUUGAAGGUUUCAAGUACACCGAUUGCCGUUGACAACGCAACCGCUGAUGUUGGAGUCUUUAUCUUAUUGGGCGCCUUGAGACAAGCCUGGGUACCGUUGAAAGCGAUAAAAGAAGGAACGUGGAGGGGAAGCGCAUCUCUUGGACACGACCCCAAUGGCAAACUGCUCGGAAUUUUGGGUAUGGGUGGAAUCGGAAGGGCAAUGGCCCAACGAGCCCGAGCAUUUGGCAUGAAAAUCGCCUACCACAACAGAUCGAGGCUACCCAAAGAACUCGAGGGUGAUGCCACCUACCUCUCCUUUGACCAAUUACUUGCACAAUCCGAUGUCCUAAGCCUCAACUUGUCCCUGAACGCGAAGACUCGCCACAUCAUUUCUGCUCCAGAGUUUGCGAAGAUGAAAGACGGUGUCAUUAUUGUAAACACUGCUCGAGGCGCCCUGAUCAACGAGAAGGACUUGGUCGCGGCACUCGACAAUGGGAAGGUCGCAUCCGUGGGGUUAGACGUGUUUGAAAACGAGCCUGAGAUUGAAGAAGGUCUGUUGAAGAGUGACAAAGCGUUCAUCGUGCCUCACAUCGGUACCAUGACUUAUGAAACGCAACGAGAGAUGGAGUUGUUGGUCUUGCACAAUCUGGAGAACGCGGUUGACAAAGGGUCGCUAUUGACACCGAUUCCCGAGCAGAAGAGCAAGUCGAAUGGGAAUUUAUGA